CAUGCUCUUAAUCGGCCAAGGGAGGUGCAAAUCCCUACAGAUGAGGGCGAUGAGUCUCGAGACUACGUAUGUCUUCAAGCCGCACAUGUAGAGGUCCAAUAGGGAGUGAUGACAAUUGUUGAUCAAAGGGUUUGACCCCACCCCAAUUGUAUGAGCGCCCAUGACUUCGUAGAGGUUUCUGCAUCUCUGACACUCAUUCUCACACCCGGACUUAUUACUCUUGUCCUCGGCUCUGGUCCCAAUAAUAGGCUAUUGUCAGAGAGUCACUUUGAUCAUGCAUGCUCAGCUCAAGCUGUAACUAGCACUCCAUCUGCACCGCAUGGUUUAGCUCAGCAGUUUCGCCACCAGCUGCCGCAUCGUUGGAGAUAAUGUUUCCAUGGUGAUACGUUUACCUCCUUUUUGAGCUGCUGAAGGAUUUGAGUACUGAGCACUGUAAACAGUGAAAGUUUAUAGGGUUGCGGGACAACCUUUCUACAAUAGCAGUAGCUGCAAAGAUAUUUGGGUGUGGUGCGUCUCUGUUCAGCCGGUCGGGAAGAAGCUCGCAAUCGGUGCGGGAGCUACCACUUGCGAGACAAUAAGAAUGGGGCGACAUUUAGGAUUACCUGUCCUGUUGGUGGUCUUGGCCAUACUUCUUUUCGUGCAGUUUGCCGUAGCAGCCGAUGAGGGCUUUGGCAGGCAUUUCAACUAUUUUGAGACUGCGAGCUUUCCCCAUCGAGUGGAUGGAGCGGUUGUGGCCACUACAUUCGGCGACCCUGCGAAAGCGCAGGCGUUUACUGUGAACCUCCUGCGAAGAGAUCAACAUGAGAAGCUCGCCGGUGUCUCAGGAAAGUCCUGGCAGCAGAGCUUCACUGAAGCAGUGCAACGGAGCCAUGAACGUGUUGCAUUUUACACGCUAAAACUUAGCCCCGAUGCAUUUGGGUCCCAAGAAUUUCAGAGCCCUGUCAAGGCUGGAAAUGGAGAGUAUCUCAUGACUCUAACGCUUGGAAGUCCUCCGCAGUCGUUCGAUGUUAUUGUGGACACAGGAAGUGAUUUGAACUGGGUACAGUGCUUGCCUUGCCGAGUUUGUUACCAGCAGCCUGGUCCUAAGUUUGAUCCUUCCAAAUCCCGCUCCUUUCGCAAGGCUGCUUGCACCGAUAACCUGUGUAAUGCUCUUCCUCUUAAGGCUUGUGCUGCCAACGUCUGUCAAUAUCAAUAUACGUACGGUGAUCAGUCCAACACCAACGGUGAUUUGGCCUUCGAAACGAUUUCCCUCAACAACGGCGCUGGCACGCAAAGCGUUCCUAACUUUGCAUUUGGAUGCGGCACGCAAAACCUUGGUACAUUCGCGGGAGCUGCUGGGUUGGUUGGCCUCGGUCAGGGUCCGCUAUCUCUUAAUUCGCAGUUAUCACACACGUUCGCCAAUAAGUUUUCUUACUGUUUGGUGAGCUUGAACUCGUUGUCAGCAAGCCCUUUGACCUUCGGAUCAAUAGCUGCAGCCGCAAACAUUCAGUACACGUCCAUUGUGGUAAAUGCCCGGCACCCCACUUACUACUACGUUCAGCUUAACUCCAUCGAAGUUGGUGGGCAGCCUCUGAAUCUUGCGCCAAGUGUGUUUGCAAUCGAUCAGUCGACGGGACGUGGUGGAACUAUCAUCGAUUCCGGAACGACUAUCACCAUGCUCACUCUGCCUGCAUAUAGUGCUGUCUUGAGGGCAUACGAAUCCUUUGUCAACUACCCUCGGUUGGAUGGUUCCGCAUACGGCCUGGACCUGUGUUUCAACAUCGCUGGCGUGUCGAAUCCUAGUGUUCCAGACAUGGUUUUCAAGUUCCAAGGGGCAGAUUUUCAGAUGCGUGGUGAGAAUUUGUUCGUCCUCGUUGAUACUAGUGCCACCACGUUGUGCUUAGCAAUGGGGGGGAGUCAGGGUUUCAGUAUCAUCGGUAAUAUCCAGCAACAGAAUCACCUCGUCGUCUACGACUUGGAAGCCAAAAAGAUCGGGUUUGCAACUGCUGACUGUUAGCCAGUGCUUCACUGACAUUUCCAAGCUUCUGAGGACCAUCAUAUGGAUUAAUGUAGGACUAAGUAACUAUUGUCUAAAAUUCCUUGGAGGGAAUUAUUUCAUAGUGGCAUCAGCCACUAUAUUCCUCCCCUUGGAAGCAACACCAAGGUGUAGGAAACCGCUGCAUACUUCCCACAUGGCCGUUGCAGGGUGUGUAUCCAACGUUGGUUUGACAAGAAUUGAGACAACAGCCAAAGUAUACUUUGAGUCCACAUCUUCACUAAAGAGUUUACCGUUUUCUGGAGGUUAGUUCAUGUUCAAGAAUUCUUUCUAGUAAUCUUCAUGGUGAAUGCCUUCGCGCAUUAGUUUGAAGCUUCAGAAGGGGCAAUAAACGCGCCGUGCUGUGAUGCUUCGCUGUCUGCAUUAUUUGACAUUGCAAACUUUCGAUCUUUGUUGUGUCUGUUUCUAGACUAAAUACCCAACAGCUCUGAUCCCACUUCCCCGUU